AUGAGUGAAUGUGAGAUUUCAGACAGGCCUGGACCUCCCUGUGCUCACUGCCCAUCCCGUGGGACUGGGCCCGUCUUGCGCCGGAGAAGCAUCUGCAGGAAGCCACUGAGGCUGCGUCUUGCUUGGGAAAAGGGAUUUGUGCCCAGAAAGCCCAGCAGCGCACUGGAACGGAGCGGGCUAAGUGACCCGGGCAGAGGCCCCGGUUACACUUGGCUGCCACUGUCCAGCGCACCCCAGGGGGUGAUAACUGACUCCUGCCCCUCCAGUUACGGGGACGGGAACAAACAUGAAAAAAGACUGUCCCAGAGACGAGGCUCAGAGGGCAAGGUCGGCCUCCCGUCCUUACUGACGGGGCUGUGGGACAAGUACUCUGUGGGGAACCCUGAAGGAGGAAAGGAACAAAGUGUGUCCUCCUGUAGCAUAGGAGAAGCUGCAGAGGCUCGAGGAAAAAGCAAGGGAGCCCCUCGGGCCUCAGCACAGCCCCCCACACACGCAAGGAGCCUCCCCCGGGCUUCCGCGGAGCACCCCCGUUACUUAGCAGGCGUCGGGCUCGCGCGGACGCGGCCUCCGGAUGGGACCGCAAGCCCCCCGAGGGCAGGAGCCGGCUCACUGCAGGUGCCUAAUAAAUGCUCCUCGCUUCUGCGGCCGGGGUCCCCGCCGGAGCUUCGGAAAGGCGGGAACGGCUCCGGGCAGCCUCCGGGCAGCCGGGAACGGCUCCGGGCAGCCUCCGGGCAGCCGGGAACGGCUCCGGGCAGCCUCCGGGCAGCCGGGAACGGCUCCGGGCAGCCUCCGGGCAGCCGGGAACGGCUCCGGGCAGCCUCCGGGCAGCCGGGAACGGCUCCGGGCAGCCUCCGGGCAGCCGGGAACGGCUCCGGGCAGCCUCCGGGCAGCCGGGAACGGCUCCGGGCAGCCUCCGGGCAGCCGGGAACGGCUCCGGGCAGCCUCCGGGCAGCCGGGAACGGCUCCGGGCAGCCUCCGGGCAGCCGGGAACGGCUCCGGGCAGCCUCCGGGCAGCCGGGAACGGCUCCGGGCAGCCUCCGGGCAGCCGGGAACGGCUCCGGGCAGCCUCCGGGCAGCCGGGAACGGCUCCGGGCAGCCUCCGGGCAGCCGGGAACGGCUCCGGGCAGCCUCCGGGCAGCCGGGAACGGCUCCGGGCAGCCUCCGGGCAGCCGGGAACGGCUCCGGGCAGCCUCCGGGCAGCCGGGAACGGCUCCGGGCAGCCUCCGGGCAGCCGGGAACGGCUCCGGGCGGGCCUCAAGCGCGGGCAAGGGCUGUCCCCCGAGGCCCGAAGCCAGGCGGGCUCCGCUCGGCAGCGCUUGGAGAAGAGGGAGGACGGGGAGCGGGUCCCCCGGAAACAGGGGCUGCGGCCCUCGGGCGCUUACUGCCCAUCACGGUUACUCCGGACCCGGGGGUGUCGCUGCGAGCGAUGCCCCUGCUUCUGAGCCUGAGCUGCCUGAGAACCGGGGACCCCCGUCCAACGCCUGGGAGCCCGAGGAGGUUUCGAGGUGCCCCCAGUACAGAACAAAGACACGGGGCAGGGACUGCCUGGUCACAGGACGGAGGGAGCGGCUUCUGCCAUCCUGGCCUCCGGCCGCAGAGAGUCUCGCCCGCAAAUUCAGGGACAAAUGGCCCGAAAAAGAGAAUUUUUCUCCCUGAAAACUCAGCCCCUUGAGGAAAGAAAGCCCGCGGUUACUGAAGUGUGAGCUGCCGGGGCCGCGUCCUACAGAUGUCAUCCCAAAUGUCAGAAAAUCAAAAUAACCAAAACCUCUGGCAUUUAAACUUACAUAAAAUGGCGACAGAAGCAUAAUAUGCAGAACAUUAAAAAAUCAUAGAUUUUACCCAAAACUAGUAUGUGGCUAUAAAACAUCAAUUAAAGAUUUAUCGUUUUGUUUUUAUUUAAGAACUUAGGUUAGUCUGGGAGAAAGGUAUAAUUUGAUUAGCCUAGAUAUCUCU